UGCGCAAGUGGAUAUGAGAUAUCGAUCGGUCUGCUCUGCCUUGGUUUCUUAUAAAAGGAUGGGAAUGGCCGUGGUGACUUGAGGCAGGGAUCGAUCUCGAUCAGAGUCCAGGUGUUUCUGGUAGGAGGUUAAAAAUGUCACUCAUGGUUCUUUCCGCCAAAUGCUUCACGCUCUUGCUUCUUCUUCUUCUCCUCGGCGUUUCCGCUGCUCUCGCUGAUUUCGGAGGCCCCAGGAGGUUCGGUCGCGGGCCUUUCGGCCGUGGGUGCCGUUUCGGUGGCUGUCGUGGUGGAGGGUUGGGUGGCGGCGGCGGAUUUGGCGGAGGAGGUGGCGGCGCUGGUCAUGGAGGAGGGUUCGGAGGUGGGGGUGGUGUCGGUGGAGGAGCUGGUGGUGGUGUCGGAGGUGGCGGAGGAUUCGGAGGUGGAGGCGGCGGAGGUGCCGGCGGUGGGAGCGGCUCCGGAGGAGGUUUCGGGGCUGGGGGAGGUGUGGGAGGUGGGGCUGGCGGUGGCGGCGGUGUGGGAGGAGGUGGAGGGUUCGGAGGAGGUGGCGGGGGUGGUCUUGGAGGAGGGAGCGGCCACGGUGGAGGAUUCGGCGCUGGUGGCGGCGUAGGCGGCGGUGCCGGUGGGGGAGUUGGAGGUGGUGGUGGUUUCGGCGGCGGCGGCGGAGGUGGCACCGGCGGCGGGAGUGGUCAAGGCGGAGGAUUCGGAGCCGGUGGUGGAGUGGGCGGCGGCGCAGGAGGCGGCGUCGGAGGUGGCGGAGGAUUCGGCGGCGGAGGCGGAGGUGGAGUCGGCGGCGGCUCGGGACAAGGAGGAGGGUUCGGCGCCGGUGGGGGUGUAGGAGGCGGCGGCGCCGGCGGUGUUGGUGGUGGAGGAGGCUUUGGCGGCGGUGGAGGCUGCGGUGGAGGCGGCGGUGCAGGCGGUGGAUCAGGCAGCGGCGGCGGGUUCGGAGCCGGCGGCGGUGAGGGCGGAGGCCUCGGCGGCGGAGGCGGCUUAGGUGGUGGUGGUGGAAGUGGAGGCGGACUUGGUGGAGGCCUCGGCGGCGGAGGCGGGUUAGGUGGUGGGGGUGGAAGUGGAGGCGGACUUGGCGGAGGCCACGGGAUCGGUGGUGGCUUCGGAGUAGGCGUCGGAGUUGGCGUCGGAGUUGGCGUUGGUGUUGGAGCCGGCGGCGGAGCUGGCGGCGGCGGAGGCGGCGGCCAUUAGCCGAAGCUACAGUUCGAGAGUGCAAUUAAUACGACUUCAGCUCCUGUUUGUUACUCUGUUAGACAAUGGGUGACGUAUGCAAAUAAUAAUGGAGGUGCAAUUGAUGUUAAAAAAUGAAUUUAUUUUCAAUUUUCUUUUAAUUUUGUGCA